ACCACAGUGGUCUAGUGGAUUUAUAAUAUGUGUUUUAACAUGACUUGUACAAAAUCUUAUCAUGUUUAAUUCUUGUACAUGACUUUUUAUUCUUUGGAACAGUUACUGAUACUUUUUUAAACCGGGUGGAAAUAUAACAACUAUACAAUAUGAAAUCUAGUGGAUUUUUAAUAUGUGUUCUAACAUGACUGGUUAGUCUUUGCAACAAUUCACGAAAUUUUUGAUCCGUGUGGUAAUGUCAAAGACACAAACAAUGACGUGAAGUUAAAGGAAUACACCGUGUGUAUAGACGUAUAUACGCCGUCCAUUGCACUAUUUAGUUGAUUGAUAAACUUUACGUUUUCAUAAAAGACUUCACUUAGAUUUCUUAAUCUCGAUAACACGGUGAUUUUAUUUUAUAAAGCGUGUUGUGAAGUUAACGAAAUACAACAUGUGCACAGCCGUAUAAACAUACGCCGUCCAUUGAACCUUUUAGUUGGCUAAUAAUCUGUACGCGUUGAAUUGUUUUCAUAAAGGACUUUACUUAGAUUUUUUGAUCUCGAUAACACGGUGAUUUCAAAUUCAUAAACCGUGUGCUUAGAUCGCUCUUGUCAAGUAACAAAGAGACGAAACGGAAGAACGUUUAGUGAACUUUAAGCACUAAAAUGUUUUCAUAUAGAUCUUUUAAUCUCUCUUAACACUGUGAUUUCAAAUUAAUAAGUCGUGUUGUUAAAUCGCUUCUUGUCUAGUCACAAACAGCGGGAACAGAGUUCAUGGAUUUCUUAAUCGAUAAUACCAGGAUUUCAAAUUUAUUGAUAAAUCUCACUCGUCUAUUACGAAGCAGACGAAACCCGAUGCCGGAUUAUUAUUGUGAUUUGAAGUUUAUAAGCCAUUUUGUUUAAAUCGCUCGUCAGAUGAAAUUGAAGAAUGAUUUCUGAUCUCGUACGAUUCACUUGAUAUGUUCCACAGCGUGACUUGAUGUGGUUUUUAAUAGUGAAUAUGGAUCGUAGAUGUUCAAGAUUCUUUUUUAUGUUUAAUAACAUUUCCAUUCAAGCACCAACGUGUAUUAUCGUACGAUUCAUUUGAGAUGUUCGAGGGCGAUAAUUGAUAGUGAAUACGGUUCGUAGAUGUUCGGGAUUCUUUUUUUAUGUUUAAUAACAUUUCCAUUCAAUCACCAUCGUGUAUUAUGAUACGAUUCAUUUAAGAUGUUCCGGGCGUACAUUAAUCUUGUUUUAAAUAGUGAAUACGGUUCGUAGAUGUUUGGAAUUAUUUUCUAUGUUUAAUAACAUUUCCAUUCAUUGGCGAACGUGUAUUAUGAUUCGGUGAAGAAUACGGUAUAUCAAUAUUAUUAAGGAUUUUUAUGUGGAGCUUAUAUGAAGGACAUUACACGGUAUGUGGACAAGGCGUGAGUGUAUAUCUAUAUUCUAUUCAUAUAUAAAAUCAAAUAAGUUUAUUUCAUAAAGGAUUAUACACAAUGGCCGCCGUGUAUAGAGAACAGUUGUAUAUAUAUUGGUGCACGUGAGUUACAAGAUGGCCAGGUUUGGCGAUAAACCGUUUGCUGGAUCAAAGAAGAAGGAAAUACCAAGGAAAAAAGCAGAAAGAUACUGUAAUCCAAUAAUUGGCUGGGAUCCAAUACCCUACCAAGAUGACUUCGAUAUAUCAUCAUGGAUGAAAUUGCAAAAUGAAGGAUGUUUUAAAAAGAGAAAACCAACCGACGAUGAUCUGUAUAGACAUAUACCAAGUGGUAGAUGCAGUCAGAUAGAUAAUGUAUCCAUGUUUGAAAAUGAAAGUUUAGCGGAGAGAUUUCGCCCAAAGAAAAGUCAACAGGUAGAUGAAGACAAACUAUACAAAGAUUCACCGGAAAAGGUGGCAGGAAAAUCUGUCGAGACAUCAAAGGACAAAAGGUGUGAACCGCCAAAACAGAAGUAUAGACAGUGUAAAAGUGCUCACCCCUCCGUAACUAUCGAUCAAUCUGCGACUGUAAAUUGUGCCACCGUACAAAAACCCGCAUUAAACAAACAAGAACUGAAGUCAACUGAGCAUUUACAAUCCACAGAACACAAAAAUGUGACUGUGAAUAAAAAAGAUAAGGUGGAUGACGAGGACGAAGAUGUUAAUGAUGAUGGAUACGGUUCUAAGAUCUCGGGUACCGAUGAUGCUGACACCGGAACUGACAUCACCCCGGUUCCUCUGCUUGAUCUCGUGGGAGUAGCGGAAGAAGAAUCACACAUAGAAAGGACGCCAUCUUCUUUUAAAUGGGUUCGAGAGAAAGACAAUGGUGUUAAUAAUAAGAUUACUAAAUUAACGUUUGGUCAGAGUGACCAUCCCGUUAAUACAGCCGUUAACCGUAAUGAUAUUAUAAAUAGCUCGCGGGCAUUCGUCACUGAUUACAUCAAACGUUGCCAACCCCAGUCUUCCACCAAAUCAAACAUUUCUACGGACCAAAGACCCAAGAGUCUGGUUUUAAGCCGUGUGGGUAUACAGGACUCGAACUCAACAGAUCUGUCCGUCGCGGACGGAAAUGCGUCAGGUGGUAUUUCGAAUCGAUCGUCCUCAGUCAUUGCAAAAACGAAUCCAGAACUUAACGUCUCGAAUCUAGUUACCGAGAGUUUGCCCAAUAGGACUAGUAGUAGACAAACUGUCUCUAGACCGGGGAACAGGACUGGUAGUCAUAGAAACGUAGAUAGCAGACGUGGUUCGGUAGUCGAUCACGAGCGACAAUCUGUACCGUUUUUUCCUAUGACGGAUUUAUUACCGGCAGUGGAUCUGAAUAUUCACACGAAACAGCAAGAACGAUAUGCAAAACACAGCGUGGAAGAUUAUUAUGGUAGGAUAGGGUGUGGUAAUCCUGAAGAAUAUGCAGAUAUGAGUGGUAUAGAAGCUCUAUCCCAAGCAUUAGAUAAGCAUAUAGGACCUCCAGCGUUUCGCCCUCAUUACUUAAGAUCGCCAUUACAGAGAGCUCGGGAACAAAGCAACAAAAGAGUUCUUGGACAAUUAACGCAUUUAGCGGAUGGAUCGGAGACGUAUAGAAUAUGUACACCUCGAUUUUAUGUAGAUAGACCAUUAAAUCGUAGAUCAGGAUCCGCAGAUAGGACACCUCGAGUCAAAUUAUGUUUAUUCGGAUCUGUGGCACCCAAAACAGCUGAACCUAGGAGAAAAUCUGCACAACUUAGUGCUAGGCCCAGUAGUCAGCGGACCGUUCAAGAAACCACUGUAGAAAAAUGACAUUCACUUUGUAAAUAAUGAUGUUAAUUUAUUGAUUCAAUUUUUAAAGAAAAUAUGGUCAUUAAAUUU